AUGCGCGCCGCCCUGGACCCACCCCCGCCGCCUCGGCCAGUGGUCAGCACCCGGCCACCUGUUGAUGGGGGUGGCCACCCCCGCAGUCCGCGCGUGUCCAUGUCAGACGCCGAGUCGCCGCCCGGACAGGACACGCUGACAUGCGGCGGCUGCGCCAAGGCGUUCGCGCUCGCCGACAUCGUGCGCUUCAUCCAGCACAAGGUGCUCUCCUGCACCGCCGCCCCCGCCGCCUCCGCCGCCUCCACCACCGCCCCCGGCACGCCCUGCAACAACAACAACAACAACAGCGGCGCCGCCGCCAAGGACGACUACGACAGCGACGGCGGUAGCACCGGUGGGGUGGUGAGCUCUCGCCGGCCCAGCAUUUCGGCGCCCAUCACGACGCGGAAGGCGCGCCCCCCGCCCGCCGCCUCCCCGUCCGCCCCCGGGGGCGGCGAGGCGUCGCCGCUGCCGCUGCUGCCGAUGCUGUCGCCGCCGCCACCCAGCUCGACGCCCAAGCGUCGCGGCGCCGACAGCGACGACGAGGAAUCGCUGGCCGACGCGAAGCCGCCGCGCGGGCUCGUCAAGCUCGAGGACGCCGCCUCCUCUCCCGAGGACGCUGCCUCCGGCGUCAAGCGCUGCAAGACCGACGUCGCCGACGCCGAGUCCAACACCACCAACUCAGAACCCACCAGCCUGGUGUGCUACACGUGCAAGCUGCGGCUGCAGUCCGCGUGGCGCCUGGUGCAGCACGUCCAGACCUGCCACGGCGUCCGCCUCUACGAGUCCAGCCUCGUCGGGGGCGGCGUCGGGAGCGGGGGCCUGCCCUCGCCGCAGAGGCCCGCCGCGCCGCUGCCGCUGCCGCUGUCGCUGGCGCCCGGCGGCAGCUCGACGGCCGCCAACACGUCGGGGGGCUCGCUCUCGUCGGGCUCGUCGGCCUCGUCGGGCUCUCCCGUCUGCUCGUCGGUCGGGCCGGGAAACGGGCUGGGAGGCGCCGGGAGCACAAGCUGCCUCCUGCCCCCGCCCGGCGCCUCCUCUCUCCUCCAUCCCCCCUCCAGCUGCAGCAGCACCACCACCACCGGCUCGCCGCUACUCCUCCACCAGGUUCCGGGGACGACGCACCCCUUCCCGGCGGGCCUGUUCGCGCGGCCUUCUAGCCUGCCUCCGCCCCCGCCACCCCCGCUGCCACACCACGACCCGGCGGCGCCGUCGGCGUCUGCACCGUCAACGCCGAGCCACCACUUCCGUAGUAUGGAGCAGCUGGUGCAGGAGCAGCUGCGCCUCAACCCGCUGGCCGCUGCCGCCGCCGCCGUCGCAGCCGCUGCCGCCUCCUCCUCGUCGACGAGCUCCCCGUCGCCGUCGGCCGUCUCGUCGCUUGUCGCGUCGGCGUUCGCGCCGUCGGCGCAGCCGCUGGACAGGAUAGCGGCGGCCGUGGCCGCGGCGACCGCGGCCGUGCCCGGCGCCGGGGGGCGGGAGGCGGCGCCGCCCACGCUCGACUUCUACUCGCAGAGGCUGCGACAGCUGGCCGGCACCACCAGCCCGGGGGCCGGGGGCGGCGCUGGAGGCGGAGGUGGCCUGGCCACGUCGCCCUCGCCGCGCAAGCAGAUGCUGACGCCGCCCUUUGGCAGCCCACCCCCUCACCACCCCCAGCAGCGGCACGCCACGCCGCCCCCGUCACUGCCCCCCAUUCGGAGAAUGGACAAAGUGGUACAUUGCCAGCCCCAUACAGAGUUUAGACAGCUUGGACUUUGCCCGCAGCAGCAGCAGACGCCGCCCUCGGCAGGCAGCGACCAGCAGCCGGCGCCCGGAACGCCCACUCCGCGACCCUCAUCUCCGCGGACGCCGCCCACGGGCGCUGCGCCGACGCCCUCGGACUCCGGCACCGCCGCCCCCGACGACGCCGGCGCCGCCGCCCCCGCCGACGGCGGCGUCGCGCAGAGCGGGCCCCUCACACCGUCCGCCGAGCCCGGCUCUCCGGGGCCGGACGCAGUGCGCGCCUGCGAGUUCUGCGGCAAGAAGUUCCGCUUCCAGAGCAACCUGAUAGUGCACCGGCGCACCCACACGGGCGAGAAGCCGUACAAGUGCGCCGUCUGCAACCACGCGUGCACGCAGUCCUCCAAGCUGAAGCGCCACAUGAAGAUCCACCGGCACUCGGCGUCUGCGCUGGCGCGCGUCACGCGCAGCUCGGUCGCCGCCGCGGCCGCCGCCGCCGCCGCCUCCGACGGCUCCGCCCCCGACGCCACCUCGCACAACAACAACAACAACGGCAGCAACCACACGACGCCCGAAAACGCGUCGCGCACGGGGAGCGUCGAGGCGCUGGACGACGACGACGGCGACGAGGACGACGAAGACGAGGAGGAGGACGAAGACGAUGACGACGAUGAGGACGAGGAGGAGGAAGAGGAGGAGAUGGAGCUGGAGGAGGAGGACGAAGACGACCUGGACGACGACGACCUCGGGGACGGGGACGGCGACGCGCCCGAGGACCUCACCACCAAGUCGACGUCGUCCACCCCGCCGGGCAACGUCACGUCCGGUGGCGGCGGUCAAGGAGACGGCAAGUCCGGAAGCGGUGCGGGGACCCCGAGGCCCGCCUCCGGUGCGCCGGCCACGCCGAUGGACAAGAUCUCUAACCAGGGUUCACUCGUGGGCGAGCUGAUCGACAAGUUCGGCCUGAGCAACAUCCAGCAGUACAGCGAGGCGUACAAGCAGGCGCUGCAGGAGUCGGUGGUCGGUUCGCACCUGAUGCAGCUGAAGGAGGAGAUCCUCGCAGGGCACCACGGGCAGCACCGGUCCGCUCUCAUUUCGGACAACAACAACCAAAAACACCUGUCGACCAGUGCACUGCUGUCAGCGACGAGUAAGGAAAAUGGCCUCACUGUGGAGAAGUCGGCGGCAGCGAUGCGGUUCCGGGAGGAGUUCGCGAAAAAUAUGAUGGCUGCAGGCCAACCGCCUCUGGACUUAAUGGGAGCCCCUCACGGUCUGUUCGGCGCAGCUGCAGCCGCAGCUGCUGCCGCUGCCGCAUUCGACUCCUCUUCGCCGUCGGCCGGCGCCUACGACGCCGCCAGCAAGAGGAUCAAACUGGAGUUGGACCACCACACGUCAUCCGUGUCGCAGCCGGCGCGAAGCGACCGAGCCGGUGAAGGUCCGGGCAGCGGACUCUACGCCGGACUGUGGUUGCCGGCAAUGGCAGCGGCAGCCCACCACCGCGACCACCUCUUCGGCGGUGCAGGGGCGGGUGACACCGUGGAUCUCCUGGCGAACCACCACCGCAAGGACUCGCUGCUCAAGGUGGGCAAGUCCGGGCCCAGCCCGUCCACCCUCGCCGCGGCCCUCAACCUGGGCCUGCCGCCCACGUCGGCUGCGGCAGCGGCCGCCGCUGCAGUCGCCGCCCAGCAGCAGCAGCAACAGCAGCAGCAGUCCCUCAAGAAGGACACGCGCCGCAAUGACACCUGCGAGUUCUGCGGCAAGGUGUUCAAGAACUGCAGCAACCUGACCGUGCACCGACGCUCGCACACGGGAGAGAAGCCCUACAAGUGCGAGCUGUGCUCGUACGCGUGUGCCCAGUCGUCCAAGCUGACGCGCCACAUGAAGACGCACGGCCGCCUGGGUAAGGAUGUGUACCGCUGCCGUUUCUGCGAGAUGCCCUUCUCUGUGCCGUCGACGCUCGAGAAGCACAUGCGCAAGUGUGUGGUGAACCAGAACAGCAAAGCGGCAGCCGCAGCCGCGGCGGCGGCGGCAGCAGCGGCGGCGGCGGCCGCCGGGGGCGGACACCUGCCGCUGGUCGGAGACGACACCGGCGACUCGUCCGCCUCCGCCACCAAGGACGCCACAUGA